UGUCUCUCCUCCCAGACCGAUACGGCGGUGUGGCUGGCGAGGUGGUGGAGGAUGGCGAAGGCCGGCGGCGGGCUGAUCUGGGCGACGGCGGAGGACCUGGCGCGGAACCGGCCGGUGGUGCUGUCGAUGUACCGGCAGAUCCUGCGGGCGCUCAACUCGCCGGCGCUGCCGCUGGGCCACGCGGCGCGGCUGGCUAAGAAGGCGGAGUGCCGCGCCAUCUUCAUCUUCGGCGCCGAGGAGAGGUCGCUGCACAACAUCCGGGACCUCCUCGACGCCGCGCGCCACACCCUCGGCAUCCUCAACCGCGGCCGCCUCCCGUAGAGCGAGAGAGUAGCCCCCUAAUCUUAGCGGGUAUGCUCGAAUCGAUUGUAAGAUUCUGUUCGUCUUCGUGCUGUUGAAUUGGAUGGCUAGUUUGACGGCAUGAAUUCGGAGCCAUCUGUUCCCUAGUUGUUUCGCUAUCUAUGUAUACACUGCAGAACAUGAAUAAAUAUAUGUUGCAGACCCAAAAGAAA